GCAGUCAAAAGAGAUGAACUGCCAAUAUGCUGAAAAUCUCCAAGUUUCUAUCAUUUGCUUUCUUCAAAGUAUUUGGAGUUCUUCUGAUUCUAACGAGGCCUAUAUUAACGUGAACUGGUAUGAUGAGAGACUCCGCUUUGAUGUGAAGAUAAUCAAUAAACCAUCUGUUUACACAGUAAGCAUUAAAAGAACUGAAUUCAGCACAAGACACUUCAUUCUUUUCUUUGUUGGCAUUCUCCUGUUCUGUUUAGCCAGUUCCCUAAGUCGGAGUGCUGUCCUCUACUACACUGCUGGGGUGACUUUAGGUGUUUGUGCAUCUCUUGUUUUCAUUCUGCUCAUAGGUAAAAGGUUUAUUACCCAGACUAAAACGUUCUGGCUUUUGAUGAGCGGAUGUUGGGUUUUCACUGCAUUUACUGUUAAGUUCUUGAAAGAUAAUAUUUCAUGGCUAUGGAGUCAAAACAAAUCUUACUUAGUGGGGUAUUUUGUGGCUGCUGUGUUACUCAGUUUUGCAGCCUGCUACAAGCACGGUCCAAUUAGAAGCCAAUGGAGCAUAAACCUGAUCACCUGGACACUGCAAUUAAUCGCCUGCUUUUUUAUAUAUUUUGGUCUUGCUGUCCCUGAUGUCGCCUAUGCUAUCAUCAUUAUCCUCAUUUCAGCCAAAGGACUGUGUUAUCCUGUUAGAGCUUUGUCUUAUUUGUUCAGAAAAUUGAGAGCUUAUUUUUAUCAUAAGAAACUUGUGGUGCGAUUUCUAACUGAAGAGGAGUAUCGUGAACAGGCAGACACUGAGACCUGUAUGGCGCUAGAGAAUCUACGUGCCUACUGCAGGAGUCCAGAGUUCAACUCCUGGCUGACAGUAUCUAGAUUGUCCUCCCCAAAAAGAUUUGCAGACUUCAUCCUGGGUUCAAACCAUGUUUCAUUAGAAGAGACCAAUGUGCAUGAAGAGGAGUAUGGAUUUGGAAGCUUCUUCUUGGAAGAACAACUUUUUGCACAAGACAGAGCAGCUGAGCCGAACCAGCAAGUAGACUUAAUACAAGUAGAUAAUGAAGAUGUGGAUGACUAUCAAGCUAGCAAUCAUUCAAAUUAUUCAUUAGAUCACAGUUUCAUUAGUAAUGAAAAUAGUUUCUAGAUACGUAAAAGCUGUAUCUAUUAUUCAUGAAGCUGCAUCUGAGCUCUGGGGACAGUGAUGACUACAUUCAUUAUUAAUGAAGAUUUGCUAAUCACAACCAAAUCAUUGCAUCCUCAAACAUUUGCAAAUUUAAAGGUGAAUGAAGGACAACAUCCAUAAUCAUUGUAUUCAAAAUAGGAAGAUGGAUUCUCAAAGUGUUUAUUUAUAUAACCUUUUAAAUAUCACAGUUCUUUUGUUUUAAGCCAGAUGCCAAUAAUGGAUUUAAAUUGUAUUAAAUAAUUCAUAGUCAAGGAAUUCCCCAAGAUACUGAAACGUCUGGACCUUUUUCACUAUGGUGAAAUAAAUAGGAUUUUCUUUGUAUGAUAAUCUGUUGAGUAAGCAGUUGGCUUAAUUCCUGCAAAGGUCCUAUAUUCACACAAGUCUGCUCCUUUUUGGAGUAAGUUGCCUAUUUUUACAUCUGUAAAAAGACAAAUUAUAUGUAUGGUUAAGGAGUACCACCCUCACCCUAUUUAGUAGUAGUACCUAAUGUUCAACUUCAUUAUACCAACCAUAUGUAUAUCACAGUUGUCCUAAUUGAUUAUAUCUGAAUACCAUGGCCAAUGGUAACAAUUUGUUGGAGUAUAAUCCCAUUACUGGUGCUACUGUUUCAUUAUCAUAACUAAUACGUUGUAUUAACCCCUUAAGGACCAGCGACGUACCCUGUAUGUCACUGGUCUUUUUUUGGGACUUGAUUGUUUUAUAGCACGGUCUUGCCACCAGUGUUGAGACUGCUCUAUUCCACAAAGCCUGCUGGAGGGAGGGCAUUAAUAGCGUGUUCUUGCUAGACUAAUGCUAUUAUGUCCUGAAAAAAACAUUAACGACCAGUGACAUACAGGGUACAUUGUGGUCAUUAAGGGGUUAAUCAGGCAAUUUUUAUACAGUGUGUGGUAUGAUAAAGGAGUGGAAAAAGGGAUAAAAUAAUGUUUUACGGGUUUUUUUUAAUCAGAGAAUACUUCACUUUAAGGAAACUCAGCAUGAAAUAUAAAUAACUUUUUAUUUAUUAACAAAAAUAGUUGAACUCCCGAUAAAUAAGCAAGGUUAUUGAUAGAACACUGAUGAUAUGAAGGUGAUUAGAGUAAAUAUGUGGUAGAUACAAAGGGGUUUCUCAUUCUAAAGUCUAUAGAAUGAGUGAUAUUAACUGGGAGGGCUCUAAAAAUGUUUAAAUAAAAAUACUGAGCUUAAUCUUAAAGAUGAACACCAAUGUACAGUUUGAAUAAUGUUAAAGGACUAUUUUAAAAGUAUACUUAAAGGGAUAGGAAUCUUGUAUCAUUCAGACACAGUGUGUCAUUUUAAGACACUUUUAAAUUAACUUUUUUUAUUAAAUUUACUUUGUUCUUUUGGAAUCCAUUGUUAAAAAGAAUAUAUACAGAUCUUUAGCAGAUUCAAUGCUAGCAGGUGAUUGGUGGCUACACACUUUUUUGUCUUCAUUGGCUCACCAGAUGUGUUCAGCUAGCUCGCAGUAGUGCCUUGAUUAUCUGGAGCUGACUUUAACUAUGUAUUAAUACUUUUUUGCAGGGGUUAAGCAUUUAUAUGCAACAAUAAUGAAAUGCUCUAAUUGCACUUUUAUAUACCUUUAAUGGGAAAAGCAAUUGACUAUUUUCCAUGAAAUAUACAGAAUUAGACAAAGUUAAAAUGUGAAUCAUGUCAGAAACUGUCACUGCUCAAUAUAAAAAUAUUUUAUUGCACAUUUUGGGCACAGCUUUAAAUUGGUAAUUCAGGUUACUCCCCUGAGCCAUAAAGUGUCAAACAGAAAGUUAAUAUUUGUAUUUAUUUUAUUUCUGUUAAAGUUCUAGCUGCUAUUUUUUUUUGUGUUUUAGCUGUGUCUGUAGUUUUUAAUUUGUAUCAUUUUGUUUGUAUUUUUUUCUACAAAUGUGUAGCUUGGUUCUUAUAAUUUCAUUAUGUAUUAUAUUGUGAAUUAUGUGUAAUGUUUUUGUAGAAUGUUUGGUUAUUACUGUAAAUCCCACAUGUAACUGAUAUGUUAAUAAAUAAUUAAAAACAA